AUGCGUCUCCACGAACGCUAUGGCAAUUUCGUCCGCAUUGCGCCCAAGCAUAUCUCUGUAAAUGUUUCUGGAGCAAUAGGCGAGAUUUAUGGCCAUAAGGCUGGCUUCCUGAAGGCCGACUUCUACGAUGCGUUUGUCCAAGUCAAGCCAGGCGUCUUCAAUACCCGACAAGCGGACGUGCAUCAACGGAAGAGGAAGUACAUGAAUCCUGCAUUCUCAGCGAGGGCCCUUCGAGACUUUGAGCCCUAUAUGGAUCAGGAACUGAGGGCAUGGAAGUCACAAUUUCUCAACAUGACGCGGAGGGCCAAUGCCAUGGUCGACUUUUCGAUAUGGACAAAUUACCUCGCCUUUGACGUUAUUGGGAGUUUCUCAUUCGGACAGUCGUUUGGGUUUAGUCAGAAGGGAUACGAUGCCUAUGGUCUCAUCCAAACCAUUGAUGAACGUGGAGAGGUCCUCAAUGCCUUGGGAUCCACACCGAGCUGGGUACGCCCGUUGAUGAAGUACCAUCCUUUUGAUUCUUUCUGGAAGAGAGGCGUCAAUGCCAAAGCUAAUCUCGAGAAUUUUGGUCGACGCGCAUAUCUGGAGAGGAAGCACAGCAAGUUCUGUGACCGUCAAGAUUUGCUGUCUUAUCUACUGGCGGCCAAAGAUCCCGAUACAGGAAAUCCUCUGCCCGAGGAAGAAAUAAUUGCAGAAUCGAUCAGUUUCAUUGUUGGCGGCAGUGAUACUACCAGCAGCACGAUGACCAACUUCAUCGACUACGUGUCGAGAGAUAAGAUGCUUCUGGGGCGUAUCCACGCAGAACUCGAUGCGGCAUACCCAGGGCCAUUAGGGCCGGACUGGGUGGCCGACAAUGACACGGCAGGAACCCUUUCUUUGCUCAAUGCGACUUUGAGGGAGGUCAUGCGUCUCCGGCCGACAAGUGCAACUGGAUUAGAGCGGGUGACUCCAAAGGGAGGCAGGACCAUCGGGGGAAGCUUCAUUCCGGAAGGCACUAUUGUCAGCGUUCCUACCCAAGGUUUGAUGCAGGACCCGAAUAUAUUUCCUGACCCGCUCAGUUUACGUCCAGAAAGAUGGCUAGAAGGAAACACUGAGGCUCUUCUCAAUUCCUUCCUCCCAUUCUCCACUGGCCCGAGAGCGUGUAUUGGGCGAAACUUCGCCUGGAUGGAGGCUGUUAAAGGCCUGGCUACCCUCUUACGUCUCUUCGACCUGCAUCGGACAACCGAAACAGAGACCAAGGUUCGUGAAGGGUUUUUCAAAAAAGCCACCGAAUGCAGUGUGGAAUUGUGCCGACGUUAG